AUGUCAUCUGGAUCAAAUUCUAAUUCUGGAAAGGAGAGGUUUCAGGAUUCCGAGCCUUCUGUACAAUACAACAAAGAUACCGUCAACUUUACCGACAAUGCAAGCUCACCGGCAGAAUUCAAGUACUAUCCUGACUCUCCCAACUCUGUGCUCAAUAAGGUUCGAUUCGAUCUGAAGCAGGCAUCGAAGUUUUAUGAUCCGUGUGCCGAGAGCUCGAAGAUGAGUAUCAGGUGUUUGGAGGUGAACGGGAGAGAAAAUAAAGCUAUCUGCAAUGAGUACUUCCAGGCUUAUAGAGAUUGUAAAAAAGAGUGGCUAGAGCAAAGAAAGAGAGACCGGUUGAAGGGCGGUUGGUAA